AUGACGCAAGAAACGAAAGGAGAUGUCAGCCAAGCUGGUCAAACUGAUCCGGGUCUGCCUCCUGCAGACUCCGUUCAGGUUGACCAUGCUAGCAUAGCGCCCAAUAUCAAGGAAGAGCCUGGCAGUCUCCCCCCCCUUGUCAUAGGCACCCGUCUCGAGGACUUUGAGGCAGAUGGCGGAUACCUUACAUCGCGCCCAGGCGGUCGUUUCUUGAACAGUCUCACAGACCUCGGUCUGUAUGAAAAGUUCAAUCUCGCCGAAAACCUCCAGAAAUGGGUGAAGACGGUGAAGCCCGAGCUCUACGGUAACACCCCACCUGAAAAGGUUAGCCUCUCUUCGAAGGAUCGCGAAAACUUCUUCUCUGAAGUGUUCAAUGACUGGUCGAGUGCUGCAGACAUUGAAGACAUGCCACUCAAGCCCAGAGACAGGGACAAAGACGAGACUCGCAUCAAUAUCGGCAGAUGGUCCCAAGAUCUGCCAGCGUCCAAGAACAAGAGAAAGAGAGAGGAGGACGGCGAAUCGCCUACCAAACGGCGCAGGAGGUACGAGGUUCGACUUAAGCAUCAGCCAGCAUUCUUCGGGGUCGGCAUCGCCUCCGGCAAAGGAGAAGAAAAAGUCAGCUUUGACAUCAAAGAUGAUAGCAACCAGAUUGCCGCCGCGCAAUAUGUCGAGUGGAAUACGGAUGAGGACAUUGAGGACCUCAAGCGCCGCGCUCUCUCGAAAUGGGAGCGCUGCGAGCGGGCCCGGAUUCGGGAAUUCAACAAAAACCGCAUCUUGAUAUCGUCCAGAAACUACAUCAUCCGUGCUGCAAAGGCUGGAUUUGCCGGAAUGUCGUCCCCAGCUAUUCCCCCCCGCCGGAGUUCGUCGAACUCGCUGAGCCCGAGUCGGUCUUCGCUAUUUUCAAGAAGGUAG